GAAAUAAAAAGAAAAGAAAAAGAAGAUAAGAAGAUGGAAGAAGGGGAAAAUUCAUAUAGAGAAAAAAAUAAGAAGAAGAAGACAGGAAGAAAAACAAAAGAAGAGAAAGAUUGAAAGAUAAGAAAAUGAAAGAAACUCUAAAAUUUAAAAUUUGGAAUUAGAGAACUUUUUAAAAAAUUUAAAAGUUUUUAAAAAUUAUACUUUACAUUUUAAUUAAUUUAAUUACAAUUUAAAUAAAGUUUUGAAAUUAGCUCAAAAUUAUUAUUAUUUUUAAUUCAAAAAAAAUAACUGUCACUUCCCACUUAAUUUUCUCAAGAAACUACCUGCCCCUGCUCUUUUACAACUAACUCCCGCCGCUGAAACCCAAUCCCAUCGUCCACCGCCCCAACAUUUAUAAAUCAACUUUAUCUCCUUUUUCAAUUUUCCAUUCCAUCAAAAUCCAAAAUGAAGUGAUCAAAGCUCAAGAUUCUUGAUUUUCUAAACACCCUUUUAGUGAUUGUUUCCAAUGACAGAAACCAGAACCUGUGAGUUUGAUCACAACAACAAUCCAAAGAAGUCCACUGGGGAUGAAGAACUCAAAGAUGGUUCUUCUGGGUUGUGCUGUUAUGGUGAAAAAGAUGGUAAAGGUGGAAUCUUAAAAGAUGAGUUUUCUGGGCUGCUCUCUACUGGGGAUGAAGUUGGGUUAUCUGGGUUGUGUUGUUAUGGUGAAAAAGAUGUUAAAGGUGGAAUCUUGGAAGCUGGUUUUUCUGGGUUGUUCUCUGAUGAUGCUGAAGAUGAUAAAGAUGGAGUCUUGAGAGAUGGUUUAUCUGGGUUGUGCUCUAAUGAUGUUAAAGGUGGAGUCUUGAAAGAGAGUUUAUCUGGGUUGUGCUCUUAUGGUGCUGAAGAUGACAAAGGUGGAAUCUUGAAAGAUGGAUUAUCUGGGUUUUGUUCUUAUGGUACUGAAGGUGAUAAAGGCGGAAUCUUGGAAGGUGGAUGUUCUGAGUUGCCUUCUUCUGGGGAUGAAGAUCGAUGUUCUGUGUUGCCCUCUUCUGUGGAUGAAGAUGGGUUACCUGUGGUGUCCUGUGAUGGUGAUGAAGAUGAGUUAUCUGUGGUGUCCUGUUAUGGUGAUGAAGAUGAUAAAGGUGGAAUCUUGGAACAUGGAUUUUCUGGGUUGCCUUGCUCUAGGGAUGAAAAUGGGUUAUCUGGGUUGUGUAAUCAUGGUGAAAAAGAUGUUAAAGGUGGAAUCUUGGAGAAGUGGUUAUCUGGGUUGGGCUUAUAUGGUGAUAAAGAUGGUAAAGGUGGAAUCCUGAAAGAUGAGUUUCCUAGGUUGUACUCUUCUGAGGAUGAAGAUGGGUCAUCUGAGUUGUGCUCUUAUGGUGAUGAAGAAGCUAAAGGUGUAACCUUGGAGGAUUGGUUAUCUGGAAUUGGCUGGUAUGCUGAUGAUGAUUUUAAACUUGGAAUGCUGGAAGAGGAAGGGAAGAAGAAACUGAGAUAUUGUGGAACUGUGGAUUGGUUGAGGAGAGAUCCACUAGCUGUUCUUGGAUCAGAUAUCAUGUUGAUUAUUUUGAGCUGUCUCGACGCACGCAGCGUGGCACUGUGUCUCCUUGUGUCUUGCGGAUGGCGUGCUCUUGCUUCUACUGAUAUGAUCUGGAGCUCCAAGUGUGAAGAAUUGUGGCAAGGCAAAACACAUUUGCCUCGGAUAGCGAAAGUCAAUAGAUUGUCGAAGUUGGCGCUUUACUCAUUGUCCAUAAUGGAUGGUAAACGUAAGCGAAUAAGAAGGGAGGAUUUGCAUGAUCAUGUGUGGGAGUUCCAUUUUACCGAGGCGGCUCCCCAGUAUUGGCGAAUGCUCGAUCCCUACUGGACUGGAACAGGACCUCCCUUACGUCGUUAUUUCCUUCCAGAUGGAAGUCAUACUGCAGAACCAGAUGACCAGAUAUGGGGUGGUCAUGAGUCUUGUUACACCAUAGUUACUGGCAUGCUUGCAGAUGGGAAAAUAAGAGAUCACUAUGUAAGGAUUAAUCGUUGGCCGCAGAUGUAUGUGACGAGAAAGGAAGAUUGGAGCUGGGAGGUCUCUAAUGACUUGUGUGUCUACAAGAGCGUACCAGAUUCUGAUAAAGAAGAUGGGACAGGACCUUUGCUCUAGCUUACUAAGCCUCUAGUACUUUGCAGUAGUAAUAUAUGAUCUUGAAGCCGAACUAUGGAAAUGUUUCCUUGGUCUUUCUGUAAUUUCAAUUUUGUUUCUGUUUCUAGAUGCAGUUUGGGAAAAUAAAUAGGCUGUGUUUUGGCCUUCUGUAAACCUUAAUAAGUCUUGCAAGUUGCAAGUUUUAAUUAUUGCUACUUUCUAGAA